CCGACUCGUGUCCGCCAUAUUGGAUGCCGCAGCCGCUGCUGCCAGCGCUUCCUCCUCCGUCUUCGCCGUGCGCUGCUGGUUCCUACGGCCCGAGCGGCGGGGAGGUGAAACAGGAGCCUGUCGGAGGAAGAGGAAGAAGGGGGUGGAGAGUGUAGGGGACCGGGCUAGGGGGUGGAAGCCCGAGACCGAGCGGGGCGGAGAAGAGAAGGCGCCCAGCCCCUCCCCCGCCCGCUGCCAACCAGCCCCGGCAGCGCCUCUGUUUCCCGGGCCGGCGCUCCGCCCGUCCUAGCGGCCAUGCCGGGGCCUCGCUGCCCCUAAGGGAACCUUUCCCUGCCGGUGCUUGCCCUUCCCCUCCUGCCCGGGGUCGCAGCGGCCCGGCCUCCCGCCGGCGCCCCCUCCUCGCAGCCGCGUUGCCGCCCCCGUCUCGCUCUCCCCACCCAGUGCAGUGGCCGCCGCCUCUUCCGCCGCCGGGCUCCGAGCCUCCGCACCGACAACAUGGAGGCUGUGAAAACCUUCAAUAGCGAGUUGUAUUCCCUGAAUGACUACAAGCCACCCAUUUCUAAAGCGAAAAUGACCCAAAUUACUAAAGCAGCCAUCAAAGCUAUUAAGUUUUAUAAACAUGUGGUACAGAGUGUUGAGAAAUUCAUUCAGAAAUGUAAACCAGAAUACAAGGUACCUGGACUUUAUGUUAUUGACUCUAUUGUACGACAAUCUCGACAUCAGUUUGGUCAAGAAAAGGAUGUGUUCGCACCCAGAUUUAGUAAUAACAUCAUUAGCACUUUCCAGAAUUUAUAUCGUUGCCCUGGAGACGACAAGAGUAAAAUAGUGAGAGUAUUAAACUUAUGGCAGAAGAAUAAUGUAUUUAAAAGUGAGAUUAUUCAACCUCUUUUGGAUAUGGCAGCAGGGAUUCCUCCUCCAGUUGUCACACCUGUUUUGGCCAGUACUACUGCUGCUAUGAGCAAUACCCCAGGAACUCCUGUGACACCUGUUACUCCAGCCAAUGUGGUCCAAGGUUUACCUGAUCCGUGGGUGUCUCAGAUAACAAAUACAGAUACACUUGCAGCUGUAGCUCAGAUCUUACAAAGUCCUCAAGGCCAACAGCUUCAGCAGUUAAUACAGACUUUACAGAUACAGCAGCAGAAGCCUCAGCCUUCCAUCUUGCAAGCCCUGGAUGCCGGCCUUGUGGUCCAGCUGCAGGCUCUUACAGCACAGCUCACAGCAGCGGCUGCAGCAGCCAGCACCCUUAAUCCCCUAGAACAGGGAGUGUCUUUUAACAAGAAGUUGAUGGAUAGGUUUGAUUUUGGGGAAGAUUCUGAGCAUAGUGAAGAGCCCAAAAAGGAAAUUCCAGCUUCUCAACUUUCUCAUGUUUCAGAAUCUGUGAACAAUUCCAUCUUUCAUCAGAUAGCAGAACAGCUACAGCAGCAAAAUCUUGAACAUCUCAGACAGCAACUCCUGGAACAGCAACAGCCUCAAAAGGCAACUCCUCAGGAUAGUCAAGAAGGAACAUUUGGGUCAGAGCAUUCUGUGUCACCAUCACAAGGGAGCAGUCAACAGCAUUUCCUUGAACCUGAAGCAAAUUUGGAUGAUUCCAUAGAUAUUCAGCAGCAGGAUAUGGAUAUAGAUGAAGGGCAAGAUGGAGUAGAAGAGGAGAUCUUUGAACAGGAAGCAAAGAAAGUGGCUGUUCGCUCCAGAUCAAGAACGCAUUCACGAUCUCGUUCAAGGUCACCAAGAAAACGAAGGUCUAGGUCACGAUCUGGUUCUCGAAAGCGUAAACACAGAAAGCGAUCACGCUCUCGCUCUAGAGAAAGAAAAAGGAAAUCAUCCCGUUCAUACUCAAGUGAAAGAAGAGCUAGAGAAAGGGAGAAAGAACGACAGAAGAAGGGAUUGCCUCCAAUUAGAUCUAAAACAUUAAGUGUAUGUAGUACUACUCUGUGGGUUGGCCAGGUAGACAAGAAGGCAACACAGCAAGAUUUAACCAACCUGUUUGAAGAGUUUGGACAGAUUGAAUCCAUUAAUAUGAUUCCUCCCAGGGGCUGUGCUUAUGUCUGCAUGGUUCAUCGACAAGAUGCAUUUCGGGCUCUUCAGAAACUUAGUUCCGGGUCAUAUAAAAUUGGGUCCAAGGUCAUUAAGAUUGCUUGGGCUUUAAACAAAGGUGUAAAAACAGAAUACAAACAAUUCUGGGAUGUGGAUCUUGGAGUAACAUAUAUACCAUGGGAAAAAGUUAAAGUGGAUGACUUGGAAGGUUUUGCAGAAGGAGGCAUGAUUGAUCAGGAAACUGUAAAUACUGAGUGGGAGAGUGUGAAAAGCUCAGAACCCGUUAAAGAGACGGUCCAGACAACUCAGAGCCCACCUCCAGUUGAAAAGGAGACAGUGGUCACAACCCAGGCAGAGGUUUUCCCUCCACCUGUUGCUAUGUUACAGAUUCCAGUAGCUCCAGCAGUGCCUACAGUUAGUUUAGUCCCACCAGCAUUUCCUGUGUCAAUGCCAGUUCCUCCUCCUGGAUUCAGUCCAAUUCCUCCACCGCCUUUUCUCCGUGCAAGUUUUAACCCUUCACAACCACCUCCUGGUUUCAUGCCACCUCCAGUUCCACCACCUGUUGUACCACCACCUACUAUUCCACCAGUAGUACCAACAUCUUUAGUGCAGCCGCCAUUAUCUAUGACUCCAGAAACUGUGAAAGAUGUUGGAUUUGGUAGCCUUGUUUUGCCAGGUGGUUCUGUUGCCAGCAGUCUUGCUACUUCCACUCUGCCAGCUGGAAGUGUUUUUAAUCCUCCAACUAAACAAGCAGAGCCUGAAGAAAAAGUACCUCAUCUUAUAGACCACCAGAUUUCUUCUGGUGAAAACACCAGAUCAGUGAUUCCAAAUGAUGUUUCAGGUGGCUCUGCGAUUUUAGGAGGACAGCCGCCAAAUGUGACGAACAAUUCUGGAAUUCUGGGAGUCCAAAGACCAAAUGUAUCAAGUAAUAAUGAAAUUCUUGGAGUCCGGCCAUCUAAUGUUUCCAAUAGUUCUGGGAUUAUUGGAGCCCAGCCACCAAAUAUUCUAAAUAACUCUGGAAUUUUGGGAAUACAGCCACCAAGUGUGUCAAGUAGUUCUGGACUUCUGGGCAUGCUACCCCCAAAUAUACCUAACAAUUCCGGACUUAUGGGAGUACAGCCACCCAGUGUUCCAAAUACUUCUGGACUUUUGGGAACACAGCCACCAGCUGGGCCUCAAAAUUUACCCCCUUUAAAUCUUUCUAAUCAAAGGAUGCCUGCAAUGCCAAUGUUAGACAUUCGUCCAGGACUAAUACCACAGACACCUGGACCAAGAUUCCCUUUAAUGCAGCCUGGAAUUCCACCUCAGCGGGGACUCCCUCCCCCAGCGGUGCUUGAUUCAGCUCUCCAUCCACCACCCCGUGGUCCUUUUGCUCCAGGAGAUAUUUUUAGUCCACCUGAAAGACCUUUUCUAGUUCCUGGAAGACAAAGUGUAGACAAUGUUGCUAAUCCAGAAAAAAGGAUACCACUUGGGAAUGAUAACAUUCAACAGGAAGGAGAUAGAGAUUACCGGUUUCCUCCCAUAGAAACCAGGGAAACCAUUAGUAGACCUCCCCCGGUGGAUGUUAGGGAUGUGGUUGGACGGCCUGUAGAUCCAAGAGAAGGUCCUGGAAGGCCUCCAUUAGAUGGUAGAGAUCAUUUUGGACGACCUCCUGUAGAUAUUAGAGAGAAUCUUGUGAGGCCAGGCAUAGAUCAUCUUGGUCGAAGAGACCACUUUGGCUUUACUCAAGAGAAGCCCUGGGGGCAUAGAGAUUUUGACGAGAGAGAGCAUCGGGUUCUGCCUGUCUAUGGUGGUCCAAAAGGCUUACAUGAAGAAAGAGGUAGAUUUCGGUCUGGAAACUAUCGGUUUGAUCCUAGAAGUGGUCCUUGGAACAGAGGAUUUGGACAAGAAGUUCACAGAGAUUUUGAUGACCGCAGAAGACCCUGGGAGAGGCAAAGGGAUAGGGAUGACAGAGAUUUUGAUUUCUGCAGAGAAAUUAAUGGAAGUCGUUUUGGACGAGAUAGAAUUCAAAACACCUGGGUCCCCCCUCCUCAUGCUCGGGUUUUUGAUUUUUUUGAAGGGGCCACUUCUCAGCGAAAAGGUGAUAAUGUGCCUCAGGUUAAUGGUGAAAAUACCGAGAGACAUGCUCAGCCACCACCUUUACCAGCGCAGAGUGAUCCUGAACUUUAUGAAAAACUGACAUCUUCAAGUGAAAUAAACAAGGAGAAGAGUGACACAGUUGCUGAUAUAGAGAGUGAACCAGUGGUAGAAAGCACAGAAACUGAGGGGACAUAAUCAUCACUCAGUAGGACAGAAUGACUCGGAAGAUAAUGGAGCUUCGAAGCCUAGCAGAAUAUGAAGUCCUUCCUCUGCAUGGAUCUCGUUUAAAUUUAAGAUCCAAGAUCUUUCCUCUCCAAGGAGGAAUUCUGAAAGUGUCUGCUCUCAGCCUAGCUCUACCAUGUCAUUACGGAAGAAGCUUCAAUCUGACUUUCAUAAUAUUGCAACGUGGAGGUGAAAUUUACCCACUCACCUUAACUACUGGUGGAAUCUCCUGCAGCCAGAAACGAUCAUUACCCUUUGCUCGUUCUCUUCCCCUGGCACUUACCACAGUCUGUCUGGUAAGAUAGAUAUUUGUGUGCACGUCUUACUACCUCUUCGACUCCUUUAACUACCUAUCAGUUCUUUAUGUACCUGUUUUCCUUAGACCCUGCUUCGGAGGUCAGGAGACUUGGAUUUGAAUGCUGGCUUUAUUAUUUCUACUGCCAUGAAAACGUGGACAAGCUACUUUCCCUCCCUUAGCUUUAGUUGUCUCUUCUGCAAAAUAGGAAGAAUGACGUUUGUACCUCUGUGAGUUGCUCUGAAGAUUAGAUAGCAUAUGUGAAAUGCUUCUGCAGAUGCCUGGCACAUUGGAACAACCAGUAACUGUCAUCUGUCAUUCGUAAUGAUAUUCUGGAGUAGAACCAGGACUUGGUCUGGGAGCUUUGCUCAUCAGGGAGGAACUCUGAGUGUCUGUGCUCAGCCCAUCUCUGCCGGUGCCGCUGGUGCCUGGUAUCCUCCUCCCAGCGCCGCACCUGCUUUGGGACUGCUGCCCUGCAGCAGUGUCGCCCCACAGCAGUGUCACCCCGCUCUGCCACUUUUCCUUGUCAGGGAGUCGGGGCAUCAGGUUUGUGUCAUGAAACCUGGAGUCACUUGAGUAUGACAAGUUCUUUUCUUUGUUUGUUUUAACUUUUAUUUAUUUAUCUUGGCCGUGCUCCGCUCGGCAUGGCGUGUAGGAUCUUAGUUCCCCGACCAGGGAUUGAACCUGUGCCCCCUGCAGUGGAAGCAUGGAGUCUUAACCACUGGACUGCCAGGGAAGUCCCUAUUUAUUUAUUUGUUUAUUUAAUUGAAGUAUAGUUGAUUUACUAUAUUCUGUUAGUUUCAGGUGUCCAGCAAAGUGAUUCAGUUAUACAUAUACAUCUAUUCAUUCUUUCUUAGAUUCUUUUCUCAUAUAGGUUAUUGCAGAAUAUUAAGUAGAGCUCCUUGUGCUAUACAGUAGGUCCUUGUUGGUUCUAUUCUUUUUUUUUUUUUUGCGGUACACGGGCCUCUCACUGUUGUGGCCUCUCCCGUUGCGGAGCACAGGCUCCGGACACACAGGCUCAGCAGCCAUGGCUCACGGGCCCAGCUGCUCCGCAGCAUAUGGGAUCUUCCCGGACCGGGGCGCGAACCCGUGUCCCCUGCAUCGGCAGGCGGACUGUCAACCGCUGUGCCACCAGGGAAGCCCUGGUUCUCUAUUUUAGAUAUAGUAUGUGUAUGUUAAUCCCAAGCUCCGAAUUUAUCCCUCCCCCUCAUUUCCCCUUUGAUAUCCAUAAGUUUGUUUUCAAAAUCUGUGAGUCUGUUUCUGUUAUGUAAAUAAGUUCAUUUAUAUCAUUUUUUAGUUAGAUUCCACAUAUAAGUGAUAUCAUAUGGUAUUUGUCUUUGUCUGAUUUACUUCACUUAGUGUGAUCAUCUCUAGGUCCAUCCGUGUUGUUGCAAAUGGCAUUAUUUCAUUCUUUUUUAUAGCUGAGUAAUAUUUUAUUGUGUGUGUGUAUAUAUAUGAACCAUAUCUUCUUUAUCCAUUCAUCUGUUGAUGGGCACUUAGGUCACUUCCAUGCAGUGUGACAAGUUCUUAUAUUAAAAAUAUUCAGCUAACCUAAGGAUGUUCCUGUGCUUCCUUCCUCACCCCUCCAGAGAUCAGGGAGGAAAAAUGGCUUGUUAUCCAUCUGACAGCUAAUAAUUCUAGGCAGUGACUGCACAAGAUACCACCAAGGCCGGUGGCAUUUAAAAAGUAGUGUGACGUGGACUUCCCUGGUGGCGCAGUGGUUAAGAAUCCGCCUGCCAAUGCAGGGGACAUGGGUUCAAGCCCUGGUCUGGGAAGAUCCCACCUGCCGCAGAGCAACUAAGCCCGUGCGCCACAACUACUGAGCCCACGCGCCUAGAGCCCGUGCUCCACAACAAGAGAAGCCACUACAAUGAGAAGCCCGCGCACCGCAACGAAGAGUAGCCCCUGAUUGCCGCAACUAGAGAAAGCCCGUUCACGGCAAUGGAGGCCCACUGCAGCCAAAAAUAAAAAGAUAAAUUUAUAUAUAAAAAAAAAAGUGGUGUGAGGUGCGCUCUGCCUUUCAGGCUGCUACAGUCCCUGUGGCCAAGAUGGGAUACAGUAUUAAAAGGCAACUGACAAUGCCAGGAGGGUUCUAAGUGGCAAAGGAGUGAGUGGUACAAAGGAAAGUAAGUUUAUGAGACAAGAAAGAUCUGGGUGUCUGGAGGAGAAGUGAUGAUCCUCGGCCUCGAGCAAGACCCUGAAUAAAAAUGUGCUGUCGGGGGCUUCCCUGGUGGCCCAGUGGGUGAGAGUCUGCCUGCCGAUGCAGCGGACACGGGUUCGUGCCCUGGUCCGGGAAGAUCCCACGUGCCGCGGAGCGGCUGGGCCCGUGAGCCGUGGCCGCUGAGCCUGCGCGUCCGGAGCCUGUGCUCCGCAACGGGAGAGGCCACAGCAGUGAGAGGCCCGCGUACCGCAAAAAAAAAAAAAAAGUGCUGUCUUUGUAUUCUCCAAACUGAAAAACAAAAACAAAAAAACACUGCGAGGGCAAGUCUGUUUUUCACGGAAGAAUAAUUCCUUUGUUGAUUGACUCUAGGAGGAAUUAAAGAACAUUCAUACCUAAUUAAAACAAGUAAAGUCUGGAGGUGAGCUCAAGAAGGUGGGUUGAUUUAUGAAUCCCACUUCAAGACUUUCAACUUGAAGGUGAUCAACCUGAGCAGGACUUGCCUGAAGGCAAGUAUUACCCGGUCUAAUUAUUAGACCUAAAAAGCAAUGUUCAUCUUUUUUAAAAUUAUUAUUUAUUUAUUUAUUUUUGGCUGCUUUGGGUCUUUGUUGCUGUGCACGGCUUCCUCUAGUUGCGGUGAGCAGGGGCUACUCUUAGUUGCGGUGCGUGGGCUCUAGGCACACAAACUUCAGUGGUUGUGGCACACGGGCUCAGUAGUUGUGGCUCACGGGCUCUAGAGCGCAGGCUCAGUCGCUGUGAUGCACGGGCUUAGUUGCUCCGUGGCAUGUGGGAUCUUCCCGGACUAGGGCUCAAACCCGUGUCUCCUGCAUUGGCAGGUGGAUUCUUAACCACUGCGCUACGAGGGAAGCCCCACAAUUUCAGUCUUAAUGAUGCUUAUAUCCUGUUUUACACAAAGACGAGAUGUACUAGGAGCGAUAGCUCUAAAUUUCAAUCUUAAGAGUCUAUGUGAGAAAUGUUUGUUUAAACAAUAUUUUUAUUACAGUUUCAUAAAUACAGAAAAUGCACUGGACAUAAGUUACAGUUUUGUGGGUUUACUCAAAUAAACACACCUGUGGAACCACAGUCCAGUUCAAGAAAUAGAACAUUCCCAGAACUCCUCCCUUCUCUCUGCCCUUCACAGUCACCAAGGUAACCACUCUCCUGACUCCUACACGGUAAAUUAGUUUCACCUAUUUUUGAACUUUAUAUAAUUGGAACCACCUAGUACCUAUUAAUUUAUGUCUGCCUUCUUUCUCUCAACAUCACCUUUGUAAGAUUCGUACAUGAGUCGAUUAAUUUACUAUGCUGUACAGUAUUCCAUAAUAUAAAUAUACCACACUUGAUUUAUCCGUUCUACUGUUGAGGGACAUUUGAACCGUUUCUCAUUUGGUCUAUUUCAUACAAGUAAUGAUGCUACAUUCUGACACCCACACUGUGCACACGCUAAGUGCGUUUCUGUUAGGUGUAUAGACUGGGGAAAAAUUGCUGGGUCAUUGCAGCUAUUGUUUUUGUGGUUAUUGUCAAAAAGUUUUUCCAAAGUGUUUGUAUGAAUUUACACUCCCACCGGCAAUUUAUGAGACUCACGCAUGUCCUUGCUGACACUUGAUAUUAUCGUUUUUUUUGUUUUUUGUUUUUUCCGGUACGCGUGGGCCUCUCACUGUUGUGGCCUCUCCCGUUGCGGAGCACAGGCUCCAGACGCGCAGGCUCAGAGGCCGUGGCUCACGGGCCCAGCCGCUCCGCAGCAGGUGGGAUCUUCCCGGACUGGGGCACAAACCCGUGUCCCCUGCAUCGGCAGGCGGACUCUCAACCACUGCGCCACCAGGGAAGCCCGAUAUUAUCGUCUUUUUAAUUUUAGCCAUUUGGAGGGUACGUAAUGGGGUCUCUUUGUGGCCUUAUGCGUGAGGUGGAGCAUCUUUUCGAGUGCUUAUUAGCUAUUUAAAUAUCUUCUAUUGUGUAGUAAACGUCCAAUCUUUUGCGUAUUUUUUAAUUGCAAUGAAUUUUUAAUAUAAAUUUAUUUUUUCAUUUAUUUAUUUUUGGCUGUGUUGGGUCUUCGUUGCUGCCCGUGGGCUUUCUCUAGUUGCAGCCAGCAGGGGCUACUUUUCGUUGUGGGGCGCGGGCUUCUCAUUGCGGUGGCUUCUCUUGUUGCGUAGCACGGGCUCUAGAGCGCAGGCUCAGUAGUUGUGGCUUGUGGGCUCUAGAGCGCAGACUCAGUAGUUGUGGCGCACGGGCUUAGUUGCUCCGCGGCACGUGGGAUCUUCCCAGACCAGGAAUCGAACCCCUGUUCCCUACAUUGGCAGGCAGAUUUUUAACUACUGCGCCACCAGGGAAGUCCGACUUUUACUUUUUUUUUUAAUUAAUUGAUUCAUCAACGUUUAUAUAUAUUCUGGAUAGCAGACCUUUAUGGGAUCCUUAUCACAACAGAUACCUUCUCUCUGGCUGUCCUGGCAGCUUAGUGAGUGGAAAAUGCCUCAAGGGGAAAAGGAAUCCAGACAUUGUGCUCCUCUCUCCAAAAUUCCCUUUUCUCAGGGAUUUUGGUCUAAGACUUCAGUGUUCGGGCAGCUCUUUGAUGACUCCCAAGCACGUGAGUGUGUGCUCAUCUGGAUUUCCUGCUAGCUGUUUGCAUCAGAAGGGUUAGUCUAAUAUAAGCUGUUCCUUUAUCUCCAGAAGCAAAACGUCAAGAAUGAGACUGUUGGUUUAAAAAAAAAAAAAAAAAAAAAAAAAAAGGUGUGGGGGGGACCUCCCUGGCGGUCCAGUGGUUAAGACUCCACGCUUCCACUGCAGGGGGCAUGGGUUCAAUCCCUGGUCAGGGAAGUAAGAUCCCACACGCUGCAGGGUGUGGCCAAGAAAUUAAAAAAAAAAAAAAGAGACUGUUGGUUUGGGGCAUUUCCAAGGAAAACUGUAGACUAGAGAAGCAUGUCUGAUAUCUUAAGGGCCAUCUGCACACACAGAGCAGAGAAACACCUUUCCUGGGCUGGGGCUGAGCUGGUGUGGAGCUGGGAUAAAGGCAGGAUGAGAAAUGCUGUGUGGGGUUCUGCCCUCUGACCCUUGGGCCUUGUCCCUGGGGAUGGGCAAAAAAUAAACCAGAGAAAAGCUUGGGGAUCCCCAAGCGUGUCCCUCCGGUUUAGCCCGCAGAAACUUUGGGAAGCCCCCAUCUAGUGGAGCAGUGAACUGAAAAAGAAAAAUAAAAAGCUAGACUGAUAGCCAGAGGACAGCUCUCAAGUCCUGUGUGCCCAAGGGCCCCAAGUGCGGUGGAAGGGGACUUCCAAAACCUGUCUAUUCCUCAAAGCAAAGCACAGAGCUGGGCUGAAAAUAGCCCGGCAGACGGGGGGAGGCCUCCCAGUUGAGAGAAGGAGGACACAGUCUGUGGAGUCCUAUUGAUGGAAGUCCAUGGUGGGACGGGUGAUGGCAGUGUUUGCUACAAAGACCAAGGUCGAUGCCCAGGUCCAGGCAAGACAGACUCGGAGAGGACUGGGGCAAGUCUGCCAAGCGUAUCCCUCACCCAGGCCGGCUUGGCCCUGCUUCUCGAGAGCACUGGCCUGACCCACACCCAGCUUCCUCCUGGAACUUACUUACGUCUAGAGAGAAGAAGAAAAGAGAUCAGGAACUGAGGAAAACUAAAUAUCAGAAAGAGAUUAGAUUUUUAAGCCGGAAGGGACUGAAAUUCUUUGGGGGUGAGAUUUCUUUUUCCACAACUGUUCUGGAUUGAAUCAUGUCUCUUCAAAAGAUAUGUUGAAGGCCUGGUACCUGUAAAUGUGACCUUAUUGGAAAGAUGGUCUUUGCAGAGGUAAUCAGGCUGAGAUGAAGUCAUCAGGGUAGGCCCUAAUCCAAUAUGACUGGUGUCCCUUUUUUUUUUUUUUUUUUGCGGUAUGCGGGCCUUUCACUGCUGUGGCCUCUCCCGUCGCGGAGCACAGGCUCCAGAUGCGCAGGGUCAGCGGCCAUGGCUCACGGGCCCAGCCACUCUGCGGUACGUGGGAUCUUCCCGGACCGGGGCAUGAACCCGCGUCCCCUGCCUUGGCAGGCGGACUCUUAACCACUGCACCACCAGGGAAGCCCUGGUGUCCCUUUAAGAAGAGGAGAAGAGGGCUUCCCUGGUGGCACAGUGGUUAAGAAUCCGCCUGCCAAUGCAGAGGACACGGGUUUGAGCCCCGGUCCAGGAAGAGCCCACAUGCCGCGAAGCAACUAAGCCCGUGCGCCACAACUACUGAGCCUGUGCUCUAGAGCCCGUGAGCCACAACUUCUGAACCCGCGUGCCACAACUACUGAAGUCCACACACCUAGAGCCUGUGCUCUGCAAUAAGAGAAGCCACCACAACGAGAAGCCCGUGCACUGCAACAAAGAGUAGUCCCCGCUCGUUGCAACUAGAGAAAGCCCGUGCGCAGCAACAAAGACCCAACGCAUAAAGAAAUAAAUUAAAAAAAAAAAAAAAAAAAAGAAGAGGAGAAGAGGGAAUUCCCUGGUGGUGCAGUUGUUAGCACUCUGUGCUCUCAUAGCCAAGGGUCCAGGUUCAAUCCCUGAUCCGGGAACUAAGGUCCCACAAGCUGUGUUGUGCGGCCAAAAAAAAAAAAAAAGAAAAGAAAACCGAAAAACAAACAAAAAAAACCAAA